GGCUGCCCUGGCCCAGUCCUGAGGUAUUUAUAGUUGUGGUGUUAUAUAUUUAUACAUAGGUAUGUUUCUGAGCUGUGAAGUCCAUUGGUUCUUCUGUUGUCAGAGAGACCGAAAGCAAAGAGCCUGCGGACUGAAGUCUAAAUUUGACAUCGGAAGACGUUCUGAAGGAUUAUAGAUGAACACAGAAAAAGAACAUGACGACAACUACGACUCGGACUUGGAUGAAGACGAGGCGACGCAGUACAUUAUCGAACAGAGUCUGAUUCAAUAUAGAAAACUCAAGGGCUUGAGUCCCGGUGAUCUGAAAGUCAGUGAAGAUCCGGAGGAACUCUUCAGAGCAAUUAAGGAAGGCGAUGAGGAGGCACUGAAGAAACUGACAAUACAGCCCAAAGCUCUGUCGAAAGUGGACGAGCGAGGGUGGAUCCCUCUGCAUGAGGCUGCAGUGCAGGGAAGUCGAGAAAUACUGGAGGUUAUCUUCUCAGGAUCCUCUCAUGGAGCUUGCCAGUGUCGGACACUUAAAGGUGAGACACCACUGUUCCUGGCAGUGGUGUACGGCCUUCGUGGCAACGCUACCUUUCUGAUCCAGAAUGGGUGCGACCCAGACCUCCAGAACGAUGAACAGGACUCUCCUUUAGUGGCAGCUAUUCUAAAUGAUCAGUACGACUUGGCCACACUGCUGCUACGCUACAACGCUAACGUGGACCAAACGGGACCCCUGGAACGGACGGCGCUGCACGAGUCGGCCUUCUUGGGGCUUGAGAACUUUGUGCAUUUGCUCCUGGAGUCUGGUGCUAACCCCAAUGCAUUUGACAUCAAGAGGAAAACUCCACUGGCUUUGGCCGUGCAGAACGGACACCUGAAUGUAGUGGAGAUCCUUCUCCAGAAAGGAGCCCAUGUGAACUACGGAUCUGAGUCGGAGUUCGGCACCGUCCUGUUCGAUGCCGCAGCCUCUGGGAACCCCGACAUAGUCUCCACACUCCUGGACCACGGAGCAGACGCCAACAUAGCCCUGGACAGCGGACACCUGCCCAUCCAUCGGACAGCCUACCAUGGACACAUACUUGCACUGGAGCACCUCAUCCCGGUGACCAAGAUGGAGGCGGUGAAGGAGAGCGGUAUGAGUCCCCUCCACUCUGCGGCGGCGGGGGGCCACGCCCUGUGCAUCGAGGCGCUGCUCCGCGCGGGCCACGACCCCAACACCAUGCUGCACCAGCGGGUGCGCCGUAACUAUGACGACGAGCGGCGCUCCGCCCUGUACUUCGCCGUGGCCAACAACGACUUGCAGUGCGCGCGGCAGCUGCUGGAGGCCGGUGCCAUGGUGAACCAGGACCCCGUCAGCUGCCUGCAGGUGGCCCUGAGGCAGGGCAACUACGAGAUGAUCAACGCCCUGCUGAAGGCCGGGGCCAACGUCAACUACUACUCCCGCGUCAACAGCACCCACUUCCCCUCGGCGGUGCAGUACGCGCUGAAGGACGAGGUGAUGCUGCGGAUGAUCCUGAACCACGGCUACGACGUGAAGCGCUGCUUCGACUGUCCCUACGGCGGCGGUUCCCAUGACUACGCGCCGUGGACUUCCUCUUCGGUCGUCAAAGACAUGAUGUUCUGUGAGGUUAUAACGGUUCACUGGCUCAAGCAGCUCGCGGGCCAGGUGGUGCGUAUGAUGCUGGAGUACACGGACCAUGUGUCGUUCUGCACAAAGCUCAGGGACACAUUGCAGGAGCAGAAACAAUGGGAAGAGAUCUGUCACAUGCAGAGAAACCCAAGGAGCCUGAAACACCUUUGUCGACUGAGGAUAAGAGGAUAUCUGAGCCAACUGCGACUGAGAUCCCCCGUCUUCAUCAGCUAUCUUCCUCUCCCUCCCAGGCUGAGGGAUUAUCUUCUCUAUAAAGAGUAUGAUGUCUAUGGCAGGGGCAGUAUGGUUGGUCCCUAGGAAUUGGAGCAACACAAAAUCCUGUGAUGGGAUGAUAUGACCGCUGGUGAAUAAUGCUGUCUGUUAAUGAUAGUCAGUCUAAUUAUGACAUACUUUCUUUUGUUUUUAUGUAGAUAUUUUUCUAUAGUUUUAUGAAAAGGCAUACACCACUUGAAUAAAAAAAUGUAAGGUUAGAUUAUGAUUUACUUUCCCCAGAUGCAUAUCUAUGUUGACCUUAUUCCUUAUCGUAAUAAUUAUAAUUGAUUGCAUGGUGGGGGGAGGGGAUACACAGUAGGAUGUGGUACGUGGUAUGUUUUAAUAAAUGUAACCAUUUGAUAAUGA